CAGGCGCUGAGGCCUCGGGGUGGGGACUAAGUGGAGGCCCGACGACGGGGUCUGUCAAGAACGGCCCGGACACCGGCGCGCAGCGAGGACUUUGUCACCAAUGUCAGUGCUGAACUCUGGCUGGCCCCACCGAGGGGAGAGCCUCACCCCUUGGGAGCUAGGUCCGCCAGCCGACUCAGACACUGACCCAGGCCACUUGCCCAAGGAGGAUCCUGAGGAAACUUCUGAGCAGGACCCUGAAAUUCUGAGCUUGGGGCUUCCUGGCUUGGACACCAACUGGGCCCCCAACCAGCCUGGGCUUCGGAUCCUCCUGCAGCAGCUGCCUCCACAGGACAGCGACGAGCGCUACUGCCUGGCCCUUGGGGAGGAUGAGCUGGCAGAGCUGCGGCUCUUCUGUGCUCAGAGGAGGCGGGAGGCCCUGGGACAGGGGGUGGCCCUCCUGGUACCUCCCGAGCUGCCAGAACACACCUGCGAGAAGUGCAGGGAGCGGCUGAGGCCAGGGGAGUACGGAGUGUUCGCAGCCCGGGCAGGGGAGCGGCGCUACUGGCACCGGGCUUGCUUUGCCUGCCAGGCCUGCGGCCAGGCCCUGAUAAACCUCAUCUACUUCUACCACGACGGGAGUCUUUACUGCGGCCGCCAUCACGCAGAGCUGCUGCGGCCGCGCUGCCCGGCUUGUGACCAGCUGAUCUUCUCCCGGCGCUGCACCGAGGCGGAGGGACGGCGCUGGCACGAGAACCACUUCUGCUGUCAGGACUGCGCCGGGCCCUUGGGCGGGGGACUUUAUGCCCUGCCGGGGGGCGGCCCCUGCUGCCCCAGCUGCUUUGAGAGUCGCUAUUCGGUUUCCGGCUCGAGCCGGGCCCAGACACUGGAAGGGGAGGCGGGUGUUGACAGAGUUGAAGAAAGGGACCGCACCCCGCUGGAUGCCGCUACGGUCUCCCGAGCUGCCCUUCUCGCCGCUGCCCCCCGCUCCAGUCUGGAAACCCAGAGGGAGCUGCUUGGAUCCAGUCCAAGGCAGCAGCGUCGAACGGGGGACAAGGUGGAGGCACCCACAGGGCGGGAGCAGGGCCGCCUGGAGACGCCCCUCGAUGCCUGCCCCACCUGCUCCUCUUCUUCUGACUCGGAACCCGAAGGCUUUUUCUUAGGCCAGCGUCUUCCCGGGCCCUGGAAGACCCCCAGAAGCCUCCAAGCUGGGGACAGCGACACCUCCAGGAAGCACUGCACCAUUUGCUAGUGGCGCAGCCCGGAGAUGGGGGAG